AUGGUCUCCUCCGUCUACUCGGCUUCGUUCGUUCUCCUUUGCGGUCUAGGUCUGGCUGCGGCUUCAGGUAAAACCUAUUUCUUUUAAUAACUCCUCUUAUUUAGGUCUUUUCGACGACCAUCAUCAUGGUCAUCACGGCUGGGAGCCCCACCACGAUGAUCAUCAUGACGACCAUCAUGGAGAACACCACGGUCACGGAGCUGAUUGGCAUCAUGACAACCACAAUGCCCAUGGGUGGGAUGGAGAUCAUUCCCAUGAUCAUCAUGAGAAACAAGGCUUCAACAAGGGAGACCAAUCUGACUGGGCUCGUCUCGACUACGGCGGCCACAAAGCCCAUGCUUCCGGAGAUGAAUGGCACUCCAACUACGGACAUGAAGCUGGAGAUGAUCACGGACAUGAUGCUGGCUUUGCCCAUGGAGACGAACAUGGUCAUGCCGGUCACGGAAGCUGGGGACAUCAUGACGGACACCAUGGUCAUCACGGCCACGACUGGCAUUAA